AUGUUGAAGUUACAGCACGUUACAGCCGCAGUGGGUCUCUUUGUUGCUCUGUCAGCAUACCUUAUUCUCCAUUCCAACACGUUCACAUUCCGAUUGCAAAAAAUCAUCAACCACAAUGCAUCUAUCGUAUUUCACUUUUUAAGAAACCCCAGCUUUCUAGUUGAUAUUAAUUUCAAUGUUCGUGCAGUGCAUGAAUUAGAUCUGAAGCACGAGGGAAAUUAUACGGAACACAGGCACUACAUUGUAUCAGAAUAUUUUCAACACAUUGGAGUCAUGAAUGUGUCUGCCUAUUCUACAUCAAAUUCAAAAGAGCUUUCAACGAACAUUUACUACUCCACAUUUUAUGGACUCUUAACAGCAGAGGUCAUGUACAAAAUCAAACAAAUUAAACUGCAAAAUGGUGAAAGCUCAGGAAUAUCUCAAUCAGCUGCUACAAAUUUGAACUAUCCCGAAAUAGAUGUAAGUAAACAUGACAUAAUCAUAACAUCAUACUCCAACGUGAUUCAAACAUGUACACUAACAUAUCCAUGGAUAUUGAGGGCGUUUGUCAACAGAACCUAUUAUGAAACAAACAAAAACAUGUUGGAUGUACUUGAAACAGCAAUAAACACAGAGUUGAAAGUGCAAGAAAAAUAA